GCGUAAGUAGACAGUGGUCGGUAGUUCAUUCAAAACAGUGGAGCUGCUCCCUGUCACGGUAACAUCCAUUGCAGAGUGGAAAUUAACGUCGCAAAAUGGCGAGAAGGAGGAUCACACAGGAAACCUUUGAUGCUGCUGUGAGGGAAAACAUGGAGGAGUUUGAGAUGGAACCCGACGAGGCUUUGAGGGAAGCUGUGGAGCAGUUUGAGUCUCAAGGUGUGGACCUCAGUUGUAUAGUAAAAGCUGUUCCCACUGUGUCAUCUGAUGACAAACAAGACGAGCAAACACAUGAGGUUUUACAGGCCUUGGAUUCCCUUCGAAUUGAAAAAGACUCAGCAGAAGUGACAGCAGAAAUCAAACGCUUCACUGAACAGUGCUCACUUGGGUUUGCCCAGAGGUACCUGGCUGCCCAAAAAGAUGCUUACCCUGUCAUCCUCUCCUUCUGCAAAAACAGUGUGGAGGAGCAGGAAGCUGUGUUGGCUGCCCUCUUAGCUCUUGCUGCACUGACUGAUGGACAACCAGACUUGUUAGAUGCAGAUGGCCAGCAGUUUCUGUUGAACGUCAUGAAGAAGUAUUCAGGCAAUUCAUCUGUGAUGUGUGCGGCCAUAUGCACAGUGCGGUACUGUUGUUUAAAACAUGAACAGAACAGGCAGGAUUUGGUCAAAGGUGGUGUCCUGCCUCUGGUCACUGGGGCCAUUACUCAGCAUAGUGGGUGUGCUGAUCUGGUCAAGGAGGCAUCUGCGGCUCUAAGGGUCAUGACCUUUGAUGAUGAUGUCAGAGUUACAUUUGGGCAUGCUCAUGAACAUGCUAAAAUAAUUGUUCUAGAGCACAGUGGACUGAAAGUCUUAAUUGAGGCAGCAAAAGCUCACCUUGAUGAUACAUCUGUACUGAGUGAGCUGUGUGCAACUUUAUCUCGUCUGGCUGUAAGAAAUGAGUUCUGUCAGGACAUCUGUGACCUGGGAGGAUUAAAACUCAUCAUGACGCUGCUUGCAGACAGCUUUGAGUCACAGGAGUUGGUUCGACAGGUCCUGAGUGCAAUACGAGCCGUAGCAGGAAAUGAUGAUGUGAAAGAUGCAGUCGUUAAUGCAGGAGGAGUCCAACUUAUUGUCAUUGCAAUGAACAGACACAUGAGCAACCCCUCCGUGUGUGAGCAGGGCUGUGCAUGCCUCUCUGUGCUUGCCCUACGUAAACCCAACAACUGCAAAGUCAUCAUGGAAAAUGGUGGUGCAUUGGCUGCUGUGCAGGCUAUGAAAGCACAUACUGAUGUGGUCAGUGUGCAGAAACAGGCCUGUAUGCUGCUAAGGAAUCUUGUUUCUCGUGCGCGUACCUUCUGCCAGCCCAUCCUAGAGAUGGGAGCAGAAACUCUGAUCGUCCAGGCUCUACAGACUCACCAGGACUGUAGUGAUGUGGGCAAAGCGGCCCUCAGAGAUCUCGGAUGCCAAGUGGAACUACGAGAGCUGUGGACUGGCAAACAUGGCGGCCUCACCAAUUGAAAGGAGAAGACCCCAGAGCUGUUUUGAAGUUCUCUUAUAUGAGCUUGCCUUAUGUGAAUUCCUAAGACAACAUGAUUUUCAUUUCCGAAUGUUGAGUAAUGGUAUCGGUUGUGUGGCCAAAAGUUGAAAGUUAGACGCAUUCAUUGUGCUAGGUAUGUCUUCAAAUCUUCAGAGGAACUGAGUUGUUGACAAGAAUUGUAAGCAUUGACUUAAUUCCAUUAAAAUAAUAAUCUCAACUGUCAAGCAACAUAUUUCUGAGGUUUCCCAUUUAUCCUCAUCUGUUGGAGAUUUUAUUUGGUCCAAUCCAAAAAAGGUCAAUUAUUCAUUCUUAUUUCUGAUAUAUUUGUUUUAUACCUGUAACAUUUUGAAAAUGAGAUGGUAAAUAUACUUUUGUGUUUAAAGGUAUGGAUAAAAUGUGUAAUAUUUGAUGUACGUCACAGAUGAACUGCACUGCCAUGUGCUGGUUCACACUGUCAGAGCCAAACAUACCUGUACUCGUAUGCCUUAUUUUUAUUUUUUUUUAUCAGGACUAAAAGUACUAUUUUUAGUUACAGAAUCUGAAUAUUUGAAGCCUCAUCCUGCAUAAUUUGGAUAAAACUCUUCUUGUGUAUCACCA